GGGCCUCGAGCUUUUGGUCCAGUCCUACAAUAUCUUAGGGUUUGCUCUUCAGAUAUCCAGUAAUUAUUCGAUCUACUGAACGACGAUUAACCACCGUUUGUUUUUAAAUGAUAGUUAACUAUUCUUCAAUAUUUUCUAAAUCAACUAAUCAGUUUUUAAAUCAAUCUAAUAAAUUUACAAAGUUUUUCAAACGGUAGUUAAUUGUCAUUGAAGAUAUUCUGUGAGAUUUGAGAUGGCUCUGAACAGUUGCUAGAUGGUUAGAGAGCAUCUUCCAGACACCUUUAAGUCUUCAUAGAUUAUCUUUUUAUUAGUUUAUUUAUCUAUAAAAGAAGGACAAUGUUACAAAUUUAGUAUGUUCAUGUUGUUGUCUCUAAACACACACACAAGUGAUAUAUAUUUCAUCUCUACAAGGCAAUAAAAAUAGUUAUGGAAGAGACGGAUUCUUCAUCUUCAACAUCUUUGCCAAAUCACAAGAAAACUUCUUUUGGUACUCGUUUGAAGAUUAGUUGCUUAUCUUUUGCCGUUUCUAUACAAGAAACUUUUAGAUAUGCAAAAGCCUUCUUUGUAGGUCAGGCAAAGACUAUAACUGCAAAAAAUGAGAAGGAAGCAAGUGAAGCUGAACUUGAGGCUACAAAGAAACAAGUUGAGGCUGCUGAUGCUGCUGAACAUAUCAAGAAUAGACUCAAUGAUCCUCAUAGUUAGUUAAUUAAAUUAAUGUUUAGUAAUUUUCCUUGUUUAGUGUUUUUCUUUUCUGGUUUUUAUUAAUAAUUUUUUUUGUUUUGUUGUGUUGAAUCAUGAGUUUUGAUAAACAUGGGAAAUAUAUUUUAUACUUUUUUA